AUGAAGUCCCAGCCCACCGCGCUCGAUGUGCUUGAUUCCCGGUUCAAACGCGAAGACAUCGAGGCGUUUAGUCAAUUAAAGGACCAGUACGUGCUGCUGCGGCCCCACCACUGGCAGUUCGAGGUCGUCCCCGGCCAGUUCCGCCAGCUGGACACGGCCACGGACGACACCCAGUUCAACUACUUGACGAGCCAGAUGGGGGUUCAGACGCUGUGGCCGGAAGUGCUUGAUACGCUUGACAAGCUCAAUAAAGAGGCCGACGAGGACACGGUGUACAAAGUGUUGUACUUAGCGCGCCAUGGGCAGGGGUACCACAACAAGGCCCACUUGCACUUUGGCGACGACGCCUGGAACGAGACGUGGCUGAAACUUGACGGUGACGGCCAGUGGACGUGGGGGCCGGACCCGGAGUUGACGGAGUUGGGCCAGGCCCAGGCGAGAGAUAACCGCGACGGGUGGAAACAGGUGAUCGACGCCGUCGGCACGCGAGUGGUCCCGCACAAGUUCUACCUGCUGCCCCUCCGGCGGUCGGCCGACACCCUCGUGCUUACCUGGGGCGAUCUCGUCGACUUCCACGAGGCGAAACCGCAGAUCCGCGAGGGGCUUCGCGAGCAAAUGGGGGUCCACACCUGCGACAAACGGUCGCCGCGAGCGGUGAUCGCGGCCAAGUACACGCCGCAGGGGUUUGAGAUCGAGCCCGGGUUUGCCGAAGAAGAUAUCUACUAUAAAGACGAUUAUAGAGAGACGAUCGCCGAGCAGGCGGUGCGGAUGUACGGGGCGUUCAACCAGAUCUUCGACGAGACGCGCCGCAGUGAGCUGAUCGUCGCCGUCACCACCCACCUGGGGGCGAUCCGCACCCAGUUGCUCUUGCUUGGCCACCGCCAGUUUGCCGUGGGCACCGGCGGGUCGAUCCCCGUGUUUGUCAAGGCGACAAGAGUGACGCCGGCGCGGUUCUAA